AGGGGUAAAAUUUAGGAGCAGAGGAGACUCUUCCCUACAUGCCUACCUACCUAGGUAGGCAAUAAAUUCCUCAAUUAGGGGCGAGCAAUAUGUUAUGACGAUCGCUAGUCGCUGAUCAACUACUUACAUCUAACAUGAUGGCAGGAUGGCAGGAUAUGAGCGAAUUCGGGGUUGUGUGGCUGCAAGUAAAGAGAGCAUUAAUAGUAAAAGUGAGGGUUGAUCAACGACCGCCGGGAAACCCCUGCCCGCAAUCUUAUAGUAAGAUGAAGCUCAUACCCACCCCCUGUACGCGUCAACCAUCGAGCCUCCAAAUGUAUCGCGCACGACAUUUUAGCCUCGACGACCUGAAAUAGAUAGCAUGUGCUUACCGUCGUGGGGUUUCAUUAUCUUUCCUCAAUUGUCUCCUCGAUUACCUAUCGCCUUUCUCUAUGGCGUCUUGGUGAUACCACGUGUUGCAUGCAAAGACAAGCCCGGUAGGAGAUGCUAUUGCGCAUUUUACCGGCCAACAGCUUCACCGUUAUCGUCGUCGUCAACCCCAACGUUUCUUCCCCGGUGUUUUUUUUUCUCCCCCGACGCUUUCUCCCCGGUGCGGUAUGCCAAACUCCACACUGGAGCUAUCAGGACAGUUCUUCUUGCAGUAUGUGCGUUGCAUGGUUCUCCCGCAACUCAAGCGGUGGGGGAACGACUUCGUGAGGAGAUACCCAGAAAAAUGAAUCUACCACAAGCCCAGCCAGCUCUAGAACCCCCGGCAUCUAAAGUUGGUGUAAAGUUGGUGUUGCAAUUAUCUACCAAAUAAAAUAACUAAUAUCGGAGUAAGCUCUUCUUAA